AUGGCGGCGAAUGUUGAGAGCCGUGCCGAUGCGGCCAGUUACUAUGACCCGGAAAAAAAUGCUACCGGUGACUACUACUGCUUCUCGGAAACCACUCCCCUCUACAUCCGUCAUGAGUUUGUCAAGAAAGUUUUCGGUAUUGUUACCCUUCAGCUUGCGGCUAGUUUCGGAUUCUUGGUCCUGACUUUCAACGUCGAAUCCAUGAAGGAGUUCUUCAAGGCUAACGCUGUAAUCGGUGUGGUGGCGAUGGUGAUCUUUUUCAUCAUAUCGCUUGUCAUUGCCUGCAAACGCUCGUUGGCGCAUAACAAGACUGUGUCCGCUUCUCUCUUGGUUUGUAUGACCUUAUGCAUGAUGCUUUAUCUCGCGUGCGUUGCCGUGCACUUUGCGGUAUUCGAGCUCACGGUGGCGGCGGGCAUUACAGCUGCUUUGACACUUGCCAUCACUCUCUUUGCCAUGCAAACGAAGUACGACUUUACAGGUUGGCUGACGUACCUUUUCUGCUUCGGUAUCGGCAUGAUCAUCGCCGGAAUCCUCAUAGCCAUUUUCCCUCACCGGGCUGUGCGCAUUGUGUACGCGGCUAUUGGGGCUCUGCUUAUGUGUGUCUACUUGGUUGUCGACAUACAGUUGGCCGUUGGUGGUAAGAAGCACGAGUGGACAAUUGACGACUACGUUAUCGCCGCCGUCUGCAUCUACGUUGACAUCAUCAGCCUCUUCCUCCACAUUCUCCGCCUUAUUCAUUACGGUAAUGAAUAA